CGGCGCCGGGUGGCGGCAGGUGAAGUUUGUCCAGCAGAAGGUGUUUCCACGCCAUCAGGACGUCGCUCAGAUCCACCUUGAACUCUCCCUGAUGCUGUCGACGGGAGGAGAAGAGAUGAUCUCUGACCUGAAGCCAACUUUGCCAGAUCCCGACAUGCAGGAGGACCUGACCCGCAGUCCCAGCUACACAGUGACGUGUGAGGACUAUGUCCACGUGGUCGAGUUCAGCCCUUUCAGCUCGGGUUCUCCUGCCUCUCUGCUGGCCUACGGUGGAAACCAGUAUGUGGUGGUGGGCACCUGCCUCUUCCAAGAGGAGGACAUGGAGGUGGACGGGGUCCAGUUCAAUGCUCUCCGAGUUUUUCAUCAUGACUUGCGGGUUGACGCUCUGGCUUGGAGUCCCGAGUCGCGGUUGGACAGGAUACCCACCAUCAGGUUCUGCACGGCGGCGGCCGACAGAAAACUACGCCUGCUGACUUCUGAUCUGCAGGAUCAGAACGAAGUCAAGGUGAUGGAGGGCCACGGCAGCUACAUUAACCAUUUGGUGUUCGAGCCCACCGAGGGGAAACAGAUCGCUUCCGUCAGCGAUGACCACACUUGCAGGCUGUGGGACCUGGACGGGAAUGAAACGGCCGUCCUGAGACUUCGCUCUCCGGGUAUGAGCGUCUGCUGGCACCCACAGGAUGUAUUCAAGUUAAUGGUGGCGGAGAAGAAGGGGACGAUUCGCUUUUACGACCUGGUUACCCAGCAGGCCAUUCUGUCGCUGGACUGCGGGCACAGUGGGCCGCUCAUGUCCGCCGACUGGUGCCUCACGAACACCAUCAAAGUCGGCGCCGUGGUGGGCAACGAUUGGCUAAUCUGGGACAUCACGCGCUCCAGUUACCCUCAGGAGAAAAGACCGGCUCAUAAAGACAAAGCACGACUUUUCAGAUGGUCCGUUGCCAAUGAAAACCUCUUUGCCACGACUGGAUGUCCUGGAAAAAUCAGCAGUCAGGUUUUCAUCCAUCAUCUUGGUCACCCACAGCCCGUUAUGAUCGGAUCGUCUUCAGUCGGAUCGGGCCUCAGUUGGCACCGGAUGCUGCCGCUCUGUGUGGUUGGCGGUGACAGGAAGCUCUGCUUUUGGACGACUGAAAUGUAGCAACUCUUUGAAUGCAUGUUUUGUUGUUGUUGUUGUUGUACGUUCAAUAAAAUAUAUCUUUUCACAAUCAUUUAUGAAUUUGUGUGAAAGAGUAUGGAA